AUGUCGUUAGACCUCGACGUCGAAGGGAGGAGGGCUCACCCGCAUAGCCCCAUAAUCACUGGGCAUAUUUUAUGCCCAGGUUUUCGCACCUCGACUAACUCUGGCGCGGGCGGGGGAGAAGGUCUCCGGGCCCGACAUUUGCAAUCACAUUUGACUAGGGCAAGAGGCAAUCGGCGCCUGCGGUCCGGGGACCAUGAAUCGAAAAGAACCAACGUGGAAAUAUUAGGCACGCGGGAAUCGUGCAGAAACAGUUGCUCCCUCUGGGUCGAACACACUCCGGUCCCUCGUGCGCGUCACUUGUAUCGAUUCAAAGGUAUUGAGGUAUUGUUCCGAGCUUUGAAACCAGUACGACAUUCGACUCUGAGCCAUAUAAAAACGACUGCUGCUGCAAAUUGUGAGGAAUUGCUUGCAUAA